GGCAAUGGGGCGGUGGAGCGGGGCCUGCGCCGCGGCCAUGGCGGCGCUGCUGGCGCGGGGGCUGGUGCGGGGAGCGCUGCGUGCGGGGGAGCGCUGCACGUCCGGCGGUCGGGGCGGGGAGGUGGACAAGGCGCAUCGGGCGGCGGCAGCCGGCGGCAAUGCGGGGGGACAGCCCACCAUCUUCAGCAAGAUCAUCGCCCGUAGCGUGCCCGCCACCAUCCUCUAUGAGGACGACAAGUGUUUGGUCUUCCGCGAUGUGGCCCCCCAAGCCCCUGUCCACUUCCUGGUGAUCCCCAAGCGCCCCAUCCCCCGGAUCAGCUGCGUGGGUCCCCAGGACACUGAGCUCCUGGGGCACUUGCUGGUGGUGGCUGCUCGCACGGCACAGGCGGAGGGGCUGGCUGAUGGGUACCGCCUCGUGAUCAAUGACGGGAAGCAUGGCGCUCAGUCUGUCUACCAUCUGCACAUCCAUGUGCUUGGGGGGCGGCAGCUGGGGUGGCCCCCUGGUUGAGCCCCCCCACACUAUCUGAUGCUCCCCAGUAAAGCAUCUCCUUGGUGGUGGC